UAUCGGUUGCUUUACUAUAUAAAUUCAUUGCACCUUUAGAUUACAAUUAGUUGCCAAUGUACUAGAAGGAAACAAUCAGCUAAGAGAAAAUGUCGUCCAUUUUAUCAAUUUCAUUCGCUAUUUUGACAAUAUCUCUACUUACUGUAGUGAAUAUUACAUGUAAUGAUAUCGUCUGUGAUCGACCCAACGAAGUAUAUGAAUGCGGUUCAGCUUGUCAGACGAACUGCGAAUCUCUUGGAGAGCCUUGUCCUAUAGUUAAUAUCAGAUGUAACGAUGCCUGUUAUUGUAUAGAAAAUUAUGCUAGAAACGAUGAAGGAAACUGUAUACCUAUCUCUGAAUGUCCUCCUAAGAAUAAUUAAUAAUUAAUAAUUAUGCAACGUGUUAUGUACAACAAUGGAAUCAUAUCUAAUAUUACAAAUGGUUAAAUAUAUUCAAACUAAAUAACGGUUA